AAGUGGGAAGAAAGAAGCACUGCUGGUAACAUAACAGAGAGGACUGCUUUUGGCAAAUCCUUCUCAAGUCUAGUGCACUUAGUAGAAUCUAGAGUCAUUUCUGGAAAAAGCACAGUCACAAUGUCACAACUCCACGCUAAAUUCUAGAGCUUUUUUUAGAGCAGUUUGAUGAACUCAAUCUGUCUUGCCGCAGAGAGAAUUUGAAGAAAAGAUUGAUCAAAUAUUUUCAGAAAAGGCUAGAGUUUUGGAAACCAAAACGUGCUAAUGUAGCAGAAAUCGCGUUCUCGUCUUCAAUUGCGAAAGGAGAUCUACUGGAAGCAUUUCUAAAUUUGAAACACAAGAUUGAUGAAGUUGUUGAGAUUGAAGAUAUGAGUGCAGUUGACGACGAUGACUUUACGUCACCUUCUUCCGCGAUGACUCAUCUGCACAGUGCUUUGGAAUUACGCAGUGAUGUAAUGGAUGUGACAGAAACCAGGAUAUGGCCUCCCACAGCAGAUGAUAUUAACAAAGCUGCUAUUGAUCGUCAUGUUCCUCCACUGUUAUACAACUACUUGGUUUUGUUGCUAUAGCUCGUUGAUGUGGAAAGCACAACUUUGAUGUCUAGAGCCUUGAACGACGUAUCCCUCUAUAAUGUGCCAGAGAUUACACAUCGCAGAGUUUUGUCAAUUGCUCAAGACAUUAUCUACACUGCUCAUAACGGCCGCGUCAAAACUUCUAGGCAGGUUUUACUACCUACUGCAAUUCAUCACAUAACUAGAAGCGCCCAAGUAGUUAGUUUGCUAAAUCGCUUUGGCCAUGGAAUAUCUAUGAGCCAGAUUAAAGAAAUGGAUAACGCUCUCGCGGAGAAACAAUUGGAACUGGCUGGUACUGGAAACGUUCCACUUCCUUCAAAUGUCGAUCUUUUGACGUCAGUUGUAUUAGCUACUGACAACAAUGAUAUAAUGGAGGACACGCCAACAGGGUCCAACACUACGCACUGCACUAAUUCUAUUCUCAUCCAGCGUGCUGUUCCUACUGUUGCUGCAAUGCCGUACGUUUAUGAUCAGUCUCAGAAACGUACACACACACGUUGUGAUACCGUAAGCUCCUUUUCAAAACGUGGAAAAGGUGGAGCUUUCAAACUGAUCAGCAGUGGCCACAUACAAGCGAUGCAGCGUCUAGGAGAAUCUCUUACGCUUGAUGAACAUCUAAUUCAAUUGUUUGAAGAGUUUGUGUACAAAACAUACGGAAAGGAGUCAUUUACAAAUGUGAAUUCGUUAAGAUAUCACUUGUUUUGCACUGCAACAUCCAAGUGGUACGCUGAUUUACCUCCAACCCGUGACGCAUUUGUUCAACAUGUCCGCCGAAGCAACUACCAAGCGUUUCUUUGGAAACAGUGUCUUCAGCAUGGAGCAGUUUCCGGUCCUAUUGGGCAUGGUUGGGAUAUUGAUGAUGGCGACAUCAACGUAUUAUGGAUGACUCUUCCUCUUGCACCUUUGGCUCUCUUGGAACUACUGCGUUGUGGUUGUUCAUCGAGUUGCAAGUGCAAAGAGUGUGUCAAUGCCGCGGCUGCUGCUCCUCCUGUCACUGAUGUAUACGUUGAAGACGACGACCUGAUUGUUCUCUAUGAAAUGUAAGCCAGACAACUAUAUAAUAGCUACAGUACGCUGGUUUGUGCAAAUAUCAUUUAAUGUUAGAAAUUGAACUAAGAUGAAGUUGUUUACAGUGCUAAAAACUUUGAUGUUAGUUUUCUUAAUAUAAUCAAGUUGUGUUGCUAAAUUAAAAUUUACCUUGUAACAUUUGCGAGUAAAGAUUGAUG